AUGAACGUGGUCACCGAAUUGUGUGAUCGGCCAAAAAAUCCCUUAGAUCGGCUAACAUUGGGUCAUCACACAUCAAAGGGGAGCAGCAAUGAUUUGAACCAAAACAGUGUAAACUUUUACGAAAACCUGGCUCGACUCUCUGCUGAAAUUCUGAAGAUGGGUGAAGUGGUUCCGAACAAACGCCAAAUCUCCGAACAACCACCCCAACCCCGUGGAGUGAGCAUAAGCGAUCCGCCAGUUCCUAAGAGCCCUGCAGAACUUCUGAGUCAACUUGAUGUAAAUAAGGCCUUUUGUUGGAUCCUGGAGAAUUGGAUCCAUAGUCAACUGCCUGAACAUCUACCAGUGAAUCACGAUUUCCUUCUAGAGAUCGUCGCACUCGUCCUGGAGAUCCUUGCCCAGAAAAGUUCCGAACAUGUCUUUCAGUUGGGACGGCAUUCAAAAAACUGCCCGGCAGACCUCAACUACCUUUCUCACUUGCAACAAGUUGCAAGCUGCGGCACCUGCUCUCAGUGUAACCCGAAACGAGACUUUCUUCUCUCUUCAUCUCUUGGUCUCCACGCCAUCCUCCAUCACAAUGAGAACACACCACAAGCUUUACUCAAUCUCACUGUUGAACAGAUUGAAGUAGUGGCCUCAGAGGUAUUUCACUACCUUUCCGAUGAUCACAACUCUCCGCUGUUAAAUUCGAUCGAUAACAGCGCUCGUCUGACAAAAUUCCAUAAGGACUUGUCGCAAACAAGUGCCCUUAUCAGUCCGGCCAGCUUUGCCACCUUCCCAAGAUCUCCCUCAUUAUCGACUGGUCGGGAUGGGUCCGUGUCAUCAACUCCCGCAGCGCAGACUCAGAAUCACUGCAAAAAAGGACGAACCCGUCUUGAUAGCAGUCAACUAUCUAUCUUGUGGGCCAAUUUCAAUUUGAACAGUUCCCCUUCAGACGAGAAGGUGUCCGAGAUAUGUCUCCAAACAGGCCUGAAGGAGAAGGUGGUGAAACAUUGGUUCAGAAACACCCUCUUUAAGGAACGACAGCGCAGCAAGGACAGCCCGUACAACUUCUCCAUCCCGCCAUCUACUAAUUUAGAUUUAGAGAAGUACGAAAGAACGGGUAAAGUGGAGACGUGGCCUGCAACUCCCAUGAAGACAAGGACACCACCUGUCUCAGUGGCUGCAACAUACUCCUGUGAAGUGACUCAUGUCAAAGAACUCACUGAAAGCGCGACCGAUCUUCGCAGAGCCGCACUCACUGAGACCGAAUGUGCCUGCGCUACACCACCAAAUGGCCAGCCUUACAGAGUCCGAGACAUGAAAAAAGAAUUCGGGAGGGAAGAGGAUGUGAUGAUGAUAGAAGAGGCGGAGGAAGGAGAGGGGAGAAGCAGCAAAGGAGCUUCCCCGUCACCGACUACGUCCAGUGAGAAGGGGUGCCUGAAGAAACAACUUCUGGGCGGAAAGCGGAUCCGUACAGCCAUUUCACAGAGUCAACAGAUUCUGUUGUCGCGUUUCUUCCACAAUGACCCCAAUCCCAGUCGACGUCAGAUGGACAUUAUUGCCGGAAGCGUUGGACUGCCAAAACGUGUCGUCCAGGCAAGUGGUGAUCCACGUCCUCUCUAUCCUUAAUUAACCCUAUUAAUUCAACCUUUUCGAGGAUUCACUAGCGAACAACCCACACUGGUGUACGCCGAUCAUAUACUUCCGUCCCAUGUAAUAAUCGGGGACAUGAGUUAUUACGAGAAUUCAGACUGUAAAUGAAGGGAACGUUUAGGGCUAGAAAUAAUUUCUAAGUAUGCGACUGUAUUCACCCAUUUUUGGGGAGCCUCACACGCUUUUCGUCGAAAUAUUAUGCUCUGCCUUUUGAAUAGUUUCGGUCAUUAGUUGGGUUGCCUGUCAUCUAAAUGGUAGCGGUUCGAGGACCAACUUCCACGCUUUCCCACUCAAAAGCUUCCAGGGACUGUUCCUAUUAUCCUGCAACAUGAUUGGUCGGUCCUUUCGUCCGGACAGGACAAUCAAUUAAAAUAACUACUCUAUACCCAUAAGCUCUUCUAACCUCGAAAUUCUUACCAAACUUGAUUUGAAAUACUCAAAGCUUUGCCGAACAAGGACGUAGACGUUGCAGGUUUUGGUACUGAAUAGAUAAGUAGUUCAGCUAGGUUUGCUGGAACCGGCCCAUUGAGCAGUCAUUGACUAGUCAACAGGCUCAGUCGUCAGCAUCGAAGCCUCCGGCGGCCGCUUGUUCGGAUUCAGCGUACUGAUGAGCCUUUUGCUAACAAAUUAGGUUUUGGCUACGUGGAAAGAAAUUUUCAUGUUUGUUCUUAUUGCGGACUUUUAAGAUUAGCACAUAUUGCUCGUUAAAAAUGAUUCGCGUCGCAUCCAUUAACGUGAGCCUUCACGACACAGCUACAGCAAACAACGUACUUACAAUAAGAGAGUAGGCAGGUAAAUUAAAUAAAAGCAGAGUCCACACACGUGUUCAGCGGUCGUGUUCCACAGUCGUUGCUCAGACGACUCAUCCUACGGCCUAUGCUUUCAUACUGACUCAUCUUGUAGCCAUUUCGUCAUGCUUGACAUCGACAAUGAGAAAGCAAGAGGUUUUGAAGGUUAACUAUGAGUCAUCACAAGCCUCGAUAUUUUUCAAAGUUCACUAAUUCUCACAAGAAAAUGCGCACCAACACUGUCAAGUCCCUGAUGCACAUAUACUCUCUUAGGCCAUAUAAAAUGAGUUGUUAUCUGAUUACAUAGAUAAUCAGUAUCUGCAACGUCGAUGUUGCCGAUUAAAUUGAAGAUUUACUUUCUCUUUUUGAAAGGUUUGGUUCCAGAAUGCCCGUUCGCGCGAGCGGAAGCUUGGCUACCCACUGCCUACGGGUUCGCUGUGUCGACAGGCCAACCUCAAGCCCUCUACAGUUCUAAAUGGUCCACUUCCAAAUGACCAUUUAUACCCUGUCCCUACUUCGCCUUCAGCCCUGCUAACUGGACCCCUCCGUGAUUCCCAAAUUUGGGACUCGAAACUUUCCCCCUGUGAAGUGCAAAGAUCGGAACAGCAACAACAACAACAGCUACGAUAUCAUCCCGGAGCCUUUGCUCUUCCUGCCGUCGGAGACCUGUGGAGAUUCACGACUGAGUCAAUUCCACCUGCCUUACACCAAGUUGCUUUUCCCUACUCAAUGGCCAACACCAAUGUUGAUUUGCCAAAUUUUUCAAGGCAAUCCGACAAUGGGGCCGACAUGGGAAACCCUACAGUUGAUCCAACCAGUGUCCUACGCAACGCCGGCAGUCUAUUUCAACAGCUUGUCUGGCCUGGCUUUUUUUCACAGUUACUAAAGCAGCAGCUACCCCCUAUCUGCCAGCCAUUUCAGUGGCAGCCGGGCUUGGCUGCCACUGGGACCACAGGGCUCGGAAGCCAGUCCGAUUCGCCUCUAGACCUGAGUCAGCGCAGUCACCAUCGCUCUUGUGAAUCUGAAGUCGGAAACCGACAGUCCCUAGUUGAGUCUUUGUCGGAUGAGCGUAAGACCAAACAGUCUCCUAUGGAAUGGAGCCCAGGCCUGACCCUCGGUCAGUCGACAGCUCUGGGCAGUGAAAUUAACGAUUCCAUCAAACUGCCUUCAGAUGGCGAAACGCCCAACAAGUGUGAAACAUCAACAGCUCCGAAUCAGACUCGACGGAACAGAACCAGCAUCAGCUGUCCGCAGGCGCGAUUCAUGCAGACCAUCUAUGCCCACCACAAAACACCCUCUAUCUUCGAGUGUGAUCGCGUGGGCCAGGCUAUUGGGUUGACGCGGAGGGUCGUCCAGGUGUGGUUCCAGAAUCAACGAGCCAAGGAGAAGAAAAUGGCCAGAAUCUCCGCUCUCGGCAUGCAGCCCUCCCCAACUGUUUCGGCUACCUCCUGUGAAUCAGUCAACGGUCACCAUGGCGACCUAGUCACUUUGGCAACUGGGGCGAGCGAGUGCAAACUGUGCGGAGUGUUGAUUAACGAAGCCGAAGAGUCCGGUUUCGUCGAUGGCUCGCGGGGUAGUGGCUUUGCCGCGGCAAUGGAAUCAGACAAACUCAUUGAUCAUCUGUUUUCCACUAUGCACCUGAGCAGGUUAUUAAACUCAUGCAACCAGCCGGAAGGGAGUUAA